AUGCCCGCUAUGACCGUCUCGCCGGGUGAUCAAACGUCCAUUGACGUUUCGGAAGUCUCAUCAGAAAGAAGUCGUGUUUCUAUAACGGAAUCCAAAAAGUCGAGUCCACGCAGUCAAGCAUUGCCGCCGCCUCCGUCGCAGCCCACGGCUGAUGGGGAGUACCGAUGCGGUAUCUGCAACAAGACGUACAGUCGACGUGAUCUGCGGGACCGUCAUCGCCGCCGUUGUAUUAAAAACAUCGGCCAGGAACGCCAGUCCAAGCGCAAAUCCUGCGACGCCUGUGCGCAAAAGAAGCUGCGGUGCUCCAUGACCCGGCCAUCCUGUAGCCGGUGUCUCCAAAGCCGACGGCCUUGCGUUUAUCCGCAAUCGUCUGUUCCUGUGCUAGGAGCCACUCUGAACGACGCUCCGGAGUCACUUGAUUCGUCCGCCGGAUCUAUCCACGCGGUUCCGGCCUGUGCUGGCCUGAUCCCCGGUAGUACGCCAUGGCCCCUGCCCGUGUACCCCUUUGACCCCUCUUCUACCUGCGAUGAACUCAACGAAGUCCCGGGCUCCUGGAGUCCGGAGACCCCAUCGCAUGCCGACUUUGCCAUUCAUGGCGUGAACGACAGCACCAUGUUUCCUAUGCAGGAUGUCUCGAUGAUCAACUCACCGCCCUGGAAUGACGACUUUCAUGAACAGGCAGAGACCUUUGGGCUUGAGGAAUAUUUUCCCGGGUCCAUUGACACCUGUUCCAGCCACUCGAUGUACAUGCCACCACAUGGGUCGAUGGGGUCUUCGCCGGUGACCAUGGUCCCGCCGACUCCAGCGGGUCUUCCGGGGGACUCGUACGCGGCGCGUACACUAAAUCUGGCGUCGCUCUCGACCGGCUACUUUGAUAAUGUCUGGGUCGAUGGCAUGGCUCCUAACGAGGAGGAAGACGAUCCGUGGCGGCUCAAUACAUACUCGGUUAGCCGGACCGGGUCGGCGUUUGGCCAAAGCUUCCUCCCCAAGACCAGCCACCACACUCCAGGCGACAUCAGUGAUCUCUAUCAAGAGCUGUUUAGCUUGCUACGAGAAUAUCCCGGUCUAACUCUACAACGGCAGUUUUACUCGCCGUUUCUCCAUCAUCAACUGCAGGGGUAUGCGAUGCAAUCGAUGGGAGAGCCGCUGAGCACCACGCUCAACUCGAUAUCGUCAUAUGCGAGUUACAUGGAAUCGUGUGACACGUUUGACCUCACAAUGCACAACGAGGAUCGCCUCGCGGCGGCCGAAGGCUGCGUGGUCGCGCUCCAUGGGGUUUGUGUCAAUCAGAUCCUCAGCAUUUUCGGGGACAAUUUCUCCGUGGCCCCCUGGGGAAAGCUGCCAAGUCCGGCUGAGGACCUUGGACCGGCCGAGGACCCGGUUUCAUUUCUCUUGAGGAUGAUCCAGCGCGUGUACAAGCUGCACGAAGACAUCCUCCGCACGCCCCACGAGGAUGAAACGGAUUGGAAGCGAUGGAAAUUUACCGAAUCGCUGCGGCGGAGCAUCUUCUUCGCCAACAUCAUCAGCAUGCUGGCUAGCAAAGCGCGGCGUUUCAACGGGGCAUACAUCGACCCGCUGGAUAGCGCGAUCCUUCUGCAGCUGCCGUUGCCGGCACCGGAGGAGAUGUGGCGAGCCCGCAGCGAGGGGGAGUGGAUGAUUGCGCGUGCCCAGACGCUACGGUCGUGGACGCGGGGCCUGGACGGCGGCAUGCUGCCAGCUCCGCGGACCCUGCAGCAGUUGCUGGUGCUAGAGGAGAUGGGCAGUAUGAGUGUUACGUUAUUGCUUCCCAUCACACGAAUGAUCCUGGCGUGUGCCAAGCUAAACGGGGCGUCUUAUGGUUAA